AUGUCCGAUGCGCGGAGCCCAUUACCCCCCGUCUUCGGUCCAAGGUCAGCAGAUACAACGGCGGCGGCCAAGGAAAUACGGCUACGUAUUGAUUUAAAGAAGUGCACGGGUAUUUCUCCGCCCCAAAUUCCAUUGGAGAGCAUCACCUCUCGUCAUCCGGAGUCGUAUUACGUCUAUUUCGAGUACAUCUCGGGUGAUAACAUCAAGCACACCCGUUCUCGGGCCGUCCCAAUACAUAUUCGAUGUCUUUCUCAUGCGGCAGAGUGGGAGGAAACACUGUACAUCGAGUGCCUGGAACUCGGUUCCAUAUCCAUAUAUCUAUUUGGAGAUGAUACCGCCACCCACUUAUGUAGCACAUGCGUGUCUGUUCGCGAAAUACUCACGUCAUCUGAGGUAUUGCUUCACUCAGAAGGGGACAUGAAGAUGGAUACUAUGUGUACGCUCUUCGUAUCCGUCUCAUGCGUCUCUGAUGGUGUCGCCGACGAGAUGUUGAAGCUACGGCGUGGAUCUUAUGCGGCGAGAAAAUCUAAAUCCCGACACGACGGGUUGAAUGCCGCCAUACCGUCAGCAGAGGUUUCGUGGGAGGCUCUGUUCCGCCGACUGUUACCCCUCGUUCAGAUCAUGUACCGAUUCAAGAUUGGCAAUAACGAUGCAUACUUCCUCCACCGAUGGAUCUAUCGCGCAUCCCAGUUUCUUCAACUGCUUGGGACAGCCGUCACACCAUUCGUGCAGCAACAAGCUAUUGUCUCUUGCGGUCACGACUAUGGAUGCCAUCCUGCAAAUGCCAUAUGCGCGGAUAGGACGUAG